GGACUGACGCAUGUUCCUUUCAUUGUAUGCAGUAAACAAGGUCGUUGGUGCAUCAUCAAGACCAUGAAGACAAGACAGCGACACCAGAGCAACGGCCGUGCCAUCGCCUUCUCCGCCCCUCGGCGGCCACCCCCUCGUUCUUCAUUUGACAGCAUCCUAUCUGUCUGUCUGUCUAAGGUCACGUCUAGCAGCCCUAGUAUGUAUACAUCUGCCGUGUGCUGCCCAUCUCGCCCACUAUCGCCCCGACGUGACCGACCGAAUUUGAGAUGACGGGAUUAGACCCCAUCUCACAGACGGCCAAGUUGGAAGAGCUAGUGGAAGAAACGCAACUUGUGCGGCCCCAGGCAACACCACAUGUCUCAUUGGUAGACAUACACACCUCUCUCCCGCGUCCCAUGCCCAUGACAGUGUCACCCCUUGUGUCGCUUCGCCUGUGGCUCCCCCUCCUCAUGCUGGCCCGACACAUCAGCACCCACCCUCGGCGGCGUCCCAGACCAGCCACCGCCACCAACAGACCCAGCAGACACAGACAAAAGCGACGAGGGAGGCGUCACAACACCAUAUCCCCCUGGCCGCGGCGGCAGGGGCCUCUUCUGCGCCGUGCCGGCUGUGAGCAGGAGGGUCCUCGAUUGUGGUAUGAUGGGUCCGCCGAGAGUCCAUGGGAUGUCGGUGGGUGGCUGGGGAGUGCGGACGGUCGUCCACAUGUCCGGGGGCAGCGGGUGGGCCUCAAUGAUGGACGGCCGGCCGCCCUUGGGAGGAGCCUUCGGCAGCACACUGACGGACGCACACACAGUUUGAAGAGACGGAGUGUGCUUCGGGAGACUCGUGGAUGCUGUGCUGUGCUGUGCUGUGUGUUGAUGAACGCACCUUGUCGAGAUGCCAUUCCGGCACUUGCUGGCAGCCUCACUGCUCAUGAACUCCACAUAGGCGUGCCUGAUACACACACAUAGAUCCAUCCGCGUGUUGGUGCCCUCUUAUCUCAGUUUCAGUUUCCCACCCUGUGGCCUUUCCUGUGGUGGGGUAUUCGAGCAUCCUGAUGGUUCGCACAGUGCCGUACUCCUCCAGACGCUCGCGCAACUCAACGUCAUUCACCCACUGACGACAAAUAAACCCGACAACCACACGUGUUAGGUACCUAACCUGCCUGUCCUGCGCAUUGCCUACCCAUGCCAGGCCCGAUAUCAAGACAGCCUGAUCGGCCGACGGCUCUUCACCGCUCGUCGACUCUCGCGUCUCGGGAGGAGCAGUCAGGAACAAAGCAACCGCUGCACACAGCACAUCAGAGAACACGGCAACAACCCCCUUCUCUCGCCGCCGCUUUGGAUGCCCCCACCCCUUGUUUCCGUUCUUACGUCUUCGCUUGAAGGCGGGUUCCGUCGGCUUGGCGUGCCAGUGUCCUCUCCGCCCUCUCCCCCCUCCCAUGACCAUCGACGACGGGGCGCCGCCCUUGGCUCCCCGACCAGCAGCAGCAGAUGUGCCUCCAGCCGCUGCAGCUUUUGGCUGCGCAUGACCGGCACUCCGCCUGGCAGCCACUGCCGAUGCCGAGGUGUCGACGUCUGCGAGGAUUUCAACAUUUUCGUCAUCGAUGUUCUCGGGAGCGGGUGUGUCUGUCUUGGCCCUGCUGUCGGCGCGUGUCGAGUCGUCUUGUCUGGUAACCGACGAGCUGGAGGGCGUCCUCUGGGGGGUCACCUGAGCGUCGGACUGACACCAGACAGACACCGGCAUGCAGCGAGGAGAAACAUUGCCUUUGUGUCAGGUGAGAGGGCGUUGUGUAGUCACCUGUGCCGCUUCCGCGCCGAUACCGAGGUCGCCAUAGAUGUCAAACUCCUCCUCAGCCAUCACACACUCACUAACAAUGCGUCAGAGGCUCAGGCCACGAUCGUCAACGGAGCAAAUCAGCACAUGAAGCACAGCUUCGUUUGCAGGUCCAACCGGCUCAGGCAACGGGCGUUUUCUUCCACGAAAGGAAGCGCGAGCUGUGCUGCGAGCUUGAAGCCAAACAGAGGAAGAUGUUCCUGAGAUCUGUGCGUGUCUGUUGCGUGAGAUCUGUGCAGACACGUGAAGCAUUGG